GAGGAGUGCUGUCCUUCUUCUCCUAAGCCAGGCAACGCCUCGACGUCUCCUUCUUGCUUCCUAGGAAGCUGUUGGCAGUCGCGGGGCCCAAUCAACGCAAGGCAUCGAAGCUACGCUCCCACCUAUUGGAGUGAGCCGCCGCUAGGCCCGGGCGGGAGGAAGGACGUGUGAGGACUGACAGCUCUUGUAGCCAAUGGAGUGCGGGCGACCGAGGCACGGAGGGGAAGGAGAUUCAAUAUUAAAUAAACAUGGGUGCAUUUUUGGAUAAACCAAAAACUGAGAAACAUAAUGCUCACGGUGCAGGGAAUGGUUUGCGUUAUGGCCUCAGCAGUAUGCAGGGAUGGAGAGUGGAAAUGGAAGAUGCUCACACAGCUGUUGUAGGUAUUCCCCAUGGUUUAGAGGACUGGUCCUUUUUUGCUGUCUAUGAUGGUCAUGCAGGAUCUCGUGUGGCAAAUUACUGCUCAUCACACUUAUUAGAACACAUCACUAACAAUGAAGAUUUUAGGGCAGCAGAAAAACCAGGAUCCGCUCUUGAGCCUUCAGUGGAAAAUGUCAAGAGUGGAAUCAGAACUGGCUUUUUGAAAAUUGAUGAGUAUAUGCGCAAUUUUUCAGACCUCAGAAAUGGAAUGGACAGAAGCGGAUCAACAGCUGUGGGAGUUAUGAUUUCACCUGAGCAUAUGUACUUUAUCAACUGUGGUGAUUCACGUGCUGUUCUCUUUAGGAAUGGACAAGUCUGUUUUUCAACACAGGAUCACAAACCUUGCAAUCCAAGGGAAAAGGAGCGAAUCCAGAAUGCAGGAGGCAGUGUAAUGAUUCAGCGUGUUAAUGGUUCGUUGGCAGUUUCUCGAGCUUUGGGGGACUAUGACUACAAAUGUGUUGAUGGCAAAGGCCCUACAGAACAACUGGUUUCUCCAGAGCCUGAGGUUUGUGAAAUUUUAAGGGCAGAAGAGGAUGAGUUCAUCAUCUUGGCUUGUGAUGGAAUUUGGGAUGUAAUGAGCAAUGAAGAGCUCUGUGAAUUUGUUAAGUCUAGGCUUGAAGUAUCAGAUGACCUGGAAAAAGUGUGCAAUUGGGUAGUGGAUACUUGUUUACAUAAGGGAAGUCGUGAUAACAUGAGUAUUGUGCUAGUUUGUUUUUCAAAUGCCCCUAAGGUCUCAGAUGAGGCAGUGAAAAAAGAUGCUGAGCUGGAUAAGCACUUGGAAUCACGGGUUGAAGAAAUUAUGGAGAAUUCAGGAGAGGAAGGAAUGCCUGACCUUGCUCAUGUAAUUCGCAUUUUAUCUGCGGAGAAUAUCCCAAAUUUACCACCAGGGGGUGGUCUAGCUGGCAAGCGUAAUAUUAUUGAAGCUGUGUAUAAUAGGCUGAAUCCACACAGAGAGAAUGAUGGGGACCCUGGCGAAGCAGAGGAAAGUGGAACUCAGGGAAAAUUGGUGGAAGCUCUCAGGCAAAUGAGAAUUAAUCAUAGGGGGAACUACCGCCACCUUCUGGAGGAGAUGUUGACUAGUUACAGGCUAGCUAAAAUACAGGGAGAAGAGAGCACAACUGAACCAGCUGCAGCAUCUACUUCAGAUAAACAUGCUGGACCCAGUGACCCAGCUGCAGACACCCAAACAGAAACUGAGAAUCACCUUGCUGAAAUACAGAGGUCUAAUGAAGAUUCAGGGAUGAAUGAGAUGUGAUAAACAAGCAUAAUGUCUUUGUAUUUCACCCAGCUGAUUUGAUAGUUUGGUUUAGCUGCUGUGUUUAUAGCUUACAUACAAAAAACUAGAACUCUUGUUUCCAAAAUGAUACCUGUGUUUAUAGCUUAGCGUUUUGUCAUAUUAGUUCUAGAAAAGUCCAUUUUACUUUCACUUAUAUGUACGGACUUUAUAUACAUAUAAGUAUAUGUAAAAUUAAUUAAUUAGCCAUCUCUUUUUGAGUAGUUUAUAUUUUACAACUUAUUAUAGGUUGAAUUAACUGACAUUGUAAUUUAUGUUAUAUAUUAUGUGAACCAGGGAGUAGGGCCCCUGCGCUACUGGAAGGUACUCAAGGUUUUACUUUUUUAAUGGGGAAAAAAAGCCUGUGAUGCCAGUGGUAGGAGUUUGAAAUUUGCUAAAGUGCAAAAAAAAAAAAAAAGAUUUUUAAUUUUUAAAAUACCUGAAUUUUAAUGCUGCACGUAUGUUUAUUAUAAGAUAAUUCACAUCCUUAAUCAUAUACAAUGUUUGCUCAAAUUAGUGAUUUAUAGAAGUACUUUGACAACUUUUUCACAGCAUGAUUAUGCUACAUAUUGCAUGUUUGUAUUUGAUGAAUUGUAUAUAGUUCACAUUAUCACAGAAAAAUAUUCAUUUAGGGUUUAGGACAUGUUAAGCCACCUUUUUUUCUAAAUGUUUAGUCCUUUCAACUCAGACUGUAUCUUCUGUUCAAUAUGACUAUCUACCUUAUUUUCUAGUAAAUUGUAUCUUUAUUCUACAAGUUAUAGCAUACUGUAUAUUCAGGUAAUAAAGUGUAUUUAGAAUUUAGUGAUCAGUGUCAAGUUCUAUUAAAAAAGAAAAGAAAAAAACAAUUUAUGUUUUAAGUCCCAAUAAAGAAUCUGAAAUGGAAUACCUGUAUGCAUAUUGACUUUAUUUAAUUGAUUUUGGUAAUAUAACCCUGUUUCAAAAACCCUAUGGAAAUUCACUUAAAGUAUUUAUUAUACAGGUACAGCUUUGCAUUUUUUGUAGCUACACUUGUAGCAGACAACAAAGAUUAUGAUGGAUCUUCCCAUAACCUUUUCUGAAAGUGUUCUGGUGACUUUUAGUGUGAAUAAAAAUAUUGUAAAUAUAAUCUGUGCUAUAUUGAUAUUUCAUAAAAGCUUUUAAGUAAAAUAUAUUGCAAUAAAAAUGAAGUAAAUGUGUUGUUUUGUUUAGGUUACCUUCUGUCUGUUAGUGUGAUGUUCCCUUGCAUUUUUGUGUGUGUGUGUACACACAUCCACAUCCGCAGUCAAGUAGAUUAGUGAUAUAAAGUAUGAAACUAUCACUUCAGUGUGCAUCUAACUGCUACAUAAUUGCUGAAAUGCCAUUAUCAGUAGUCUGCAGUUAUUAGUAGUGAUGUAGGUAUAUUGGCACAGUGUUUUCUGUUUAUUUGUACUACGACUUAAUUCCCCAAAACAAAACAGCUGUUGUUCAUUCAAAAAAAAAAAUUCACUACAUUAAUGAAAUAAGAUCCUGUGGGAACAUCUUGCUAAAUCUGGAUUAGCUUUCAAGAGUGCAGGAAUCUCAUUAGCAUUCCACCUAUUUUCAUAUUUUAACCAAAGGAACUAUUUAAUUGGUUGAUUUGAAUAAUUUUUGCUUUUGUUUCAUGUUAUGUAUAUUUGCUUUUGUUUUAUUGUAUGUAUAUUCAUUACAAAGCAUUGUUUUUAUUGCAUUAAUAUUGUAUAAGAUAAAGGCGUAGCUAAGUUUUAAUUAACUGUAUUGUGUUUCCAAAAAGACAUCUUGAAAUUUGGAGUGCGAGUGACUUUGAGUAAAUUAACAUAAAAAGAGGUGGCAGUUUCUUUUAUUCUUUAUGUGCUCAUGUUCCACUUCUGUUAUGCUUUUAGUAUUC